AUGACCGCGGCGGCUUCAGCAAGCAUCGCAGCGGCAAAGGCCGUGUGGGACGAUAUUGCGUCCACUCGCUCAGGUGCUGCUUCUUUCCCUGUCUCUCUCGGUCUAUCUGUUUCUCCCUGCACGCCUUCCUGACGUUCUUUUGGUGUAAUGUGUGCGGGGACAGUAUCAGACGAUCACCUGUCGAUGUGAGUAUGUAUUUCUCAUUUCACUUUGACGGACUUCUGCCCGCAGUUCUCUGAAUAAAUUCCAGAAGGAGAAGAAAUGCGGGUGAAGCUCAGAAGCCAAAUCGUUCUGUGUUAAUCCAGAUUGCAUUUCCUGUUCGGGAAGAACUUUGAACGCGCAACAAGGAUUGUCGACCAAGGCGGCGUAAGGAAGCUCUGUGGCACGCCCAGUGGCCGCUCGCUUUUCCUGGUUUGUGUCGUUCGCUCGCUUUUCCUGAUGAUGUUUCUAUUUCUGGUCAUGUUGUUUAUUCCCUGGGUUUUCUGACCUUUUUUGUCUUUUUUUUUCGAGGAAAGCCAGGUGAUUGGAGAAUCUAGAAGAAAAGAGGAGUAUAUAUGCGUCCCCGAAAAUUGUUGCACAUGUUAUUCGUUCUUCUAUGACAUUGUGAGCAGGGGAGAAGAGCUCUGUGUACGCCCUCUGCGUCUUAUUUUUGUGUAUUUUUUUAAAGAUCUCCCUUAAAAUCCUGAUUUACUAUUUGCUUCACUUUUGUUCUGCUUCUUCUUUUUGUUUUCUCUGCCCUUAGUGCAAGCACCAGUUAGCGGCUAGGCUUGCAGAGGCGGCUGGGGCACAUUCAGAAGUUACGGUGUCUGAUGAACGGUUAGCGCUACUUCUCUCCAGCAUCUGA